CCGCGAAGAAAAUAAUCACGGAAAUUUCGCUCACAAAACCUCCAACGCGGCCCAAGAACUCGGUCCGCUCCCUCCCCACGCUUCUCCUUCCUCCUUCCUCCCUUUUGCCCUAUUCGUUUCUCACAAGCAAAGAUCAAUUCACUUGCAUCAGCGCGAGCGAUCGGGCGUUUAAAAAGGUCCUAGUAGCUGCUAUGAUGAAUUGGAGAAUUCCAAUCUUUGGUGCUUGCAUGUAGGGGUACCCAGCAACAACAGUCUCAGUCAAAUUUCCAGGAUAUUCCUGCACAAUCUUGGUACCCUCCAUCAGUGGUUAAUUCAUCUUCACGCCCUGCCACACCGAGCAGUAUGUCUGGUGUCAGUACACAUCACAGAACUUCAGAGCGGCCUCAGUCACCAUCACAAGGGCAGCCUUCACCUUCUGAGGCAGCAGGAAUAAUUACUUGUUUGAGGGAUAAAAGUAUCGAUGAGUUGAGAAAGCUUUUAACUGACAAGGAGGCAUACAAUGCCUUUUUCAAUUCGCUCGACCAAGUAAAAAUUCAGAACAAUCUUCGUGAUGAACUUCGCAAGGAGACCUUGCAACUUGCCAGGGAGAACCUAGAGAAGGAACCUCGAAUUCAGGAGCUUAAGAACCAAUGCACUAUCAUUCGGACAACUGAGUUGGCUGCUGCCCAUGAGAAGUUAGCAGAGUUGGAGAGGCAGAAGGAAGAAACCCUAAAGUCAUAUUCUCCAGCUUCACUUCUUCAAAAGUUGCAUGUAGCAAUGAAUAGAGUGGAAGAGGAAUCUGAAAUGCUGCAUAGGCAGCUCCUUGACAAGGAGAUUGACCUUCAAACAUUUAUACAGAAGUAUAAGAAGCUUCGCACCGUUUACCAUAAACGGGCACUUUUCCAUCUUGCUGCCAAGACUUCAGUGUGCUAAAUAUUAGAUUGCGUGCAGUGCCCUUUUGUAUCGUGAGCUCAUAAUAGACUUUUUUUUUUUCAAUUACUUACAUAAUACAGUUCUGCUACUGUUGUUCAAAGCCCGUCUUCUUUAUCCUGCAACAUAGAAAAUGACCAAACUACUUCAUCUUGUGGAUGCUGCUGGGAUUUUGAAGUGGAUGAGUGGAACUGGGGUUGUUCCA